AUGUCAAAGGAAACAGAAGAUCAGAGGAAUGUUCUAGACGAGCCGAUCCAUGGGAUCUACAUCCCUGCCGCGCUAUACCUGGUCGGUGUCGCCAUCACUACGUACAUGUCCGGUGAAUUGAAAAUCUUGUGGAGUUUACCAGUUCUCUUUAUAAUCAUGUUCACUAGGGCAUACACAGCUUACAAAAGAAGAAGAUCGCUGUAUCCAAACAAGUGGACGUCCUUAGAAUUGGAAGACCAAACCCUCAUCUCCAAGAACACUGCCCUAUACCGCUUCAAAUUGAAGACAAGAUUGGAGAGCUUGGAUAUCCCUGCUGGCCACCACGUUGCCGUGCGUGUCCCCAUCGAUGGUAAAGAUGAGAUCAGAUACUACAACCCAAUCAGUUCUAAGUUGGAAGACGGGCACUUGGACUUGGUGGUCAAAACUUACGUUGAUGGUAAAGUAUCUAGGUAUUUCGCUGGUUUAAGUACUGGCGAUACUGUGGACUUCAUGGGGCCAAUAGGCACGUUGAACUACGAACCAAAUUCCUCCAGACAUUUGGGAAUUGUGGCUGGUGGCUCAGGUAUCACCCCAGUCCUACAGAUCUUAAAUGAAGUCGUCACCGUUCCAGAAGAUUUGACCAAAGUCUCGCUCUUGUACGCCAACGAGACCGAAAACGAUAUUCUAUUGAAGGAAGAGCUAGACGAGAUGGCCGAAAAAUACCCACACUUGCAAAUCCACUACGUGGUACACUACCCAACCGACACAUGGACCGGAGAUGUCGGUUACAUCACUAAGGACCAGAUGAGCGAGUACUUGCCGGAAUAUUCGGAUGAUAACAGGCUCUUGAUCUGUGGACCCGAUGAAAUGAACAAGUUGGCCUUGCAAUAUGCCAGGGAACUAGGCUGGAAAGUCAAUUCGACGAAAAGUUCCGGGGACGAUCAAGUCUUCGUCUUUUAA